GCUAUAAUCCCACUACAUUCCCCCUCCUAGUCGUGUUACAAGCAUGCUCUACUGCCCCUUCUCAUUUUUGCUAGUGACAGUUAGGUCGUGCGCGGACCGGUAGCUAGCAAGAAGCCAUGUCACACAAAGCUCGAGGCAAUGGUUAGCGCUGACAUCCCCAGCCCUACUUGUUUUUGAUCCCCUUUUCGUUGCACUUGGUACCAGAGCUGGUCCCAUCAUAUCAUUACUAGACAUUGCCACCUUCCCUCCACCCCCGCGUACCACUUGCUUUUAGUAACCCCAGCCAUACCGUUCUGUAUCAUGCUAAGACAGCCAUCAUCUCUCUCCGAUAGACGAAACAAGAAGUUGCCGCCGGCGCCACUAGCCACAUUGGACUCCAUUAAUCUCACAUUGGACCCCAAAAGUCCGCACAACGCGUCCAAAUUCUCCAAUAUACGCAUCGAACAGGUGACGCCGAGCCAGGUGACGCCGAGCCAGACGGACUUCCGCACGCCAAACGACCACCUAUUACAGCCAAAGAGCUUGAAGCGGAAGAAUCUCAAGCACUUGAAGAUCAGUGGCAGGCCGGCAGAAAAUUCACAGACGCCCGACGCGCGCACGCCGACGGAGUUGCUCAUCCUGACGCUCUCGGGCCUUGACAUGAACGACCUGGACACCAACAAGAUCUUUCUCAACUCGGCCGACUUGCUCACGCUCAAAACGUUGGGUGCAGGUAGCUCGGGAACCGUGUCGAAGGUGCUCCACCUCCCUACAAAACAGACUAUGGCGAAGAAAAUCAUCCACAUCGACGCGACGCAGACCGUCCAAACACAGAUAGUGCGCGAGUUGCGCAUCAUGGGCGAGUGCAACCUGCCGUACAUCAUCGGCUUCUUCGGCCUGUUCCUUAGCGAGGGCCAUGUGAUCAUUUGCAUGGAAUACAUCGACUGCGGCUCGCUCGACAAGGUGUUGCGGCUCAGUGGGCCGUUUCCGGAGUUCAUGUUGAAGCAGGUGUGCUAUUGCGUGUUGCAAGGACUAAUAUACUUGUACGACACCCACAAGAUCAUCCACCGCGACGUGAAGCCGUCGAACGUGUUGGUCAACUCCCGCGGCGAGAUGAAGCUUUGCGACUUCGGGGUCAGCCGCGAGUUGAUCAACUCCCUCGCCGACACCUUUGUGGGCACCAGCACGUACAUGUCACCGGAACGCAUCCAAGGCGGUGUGUACUCCAUCAAGGGUGACGUGUGGUCACUCGGGCUCAUGUUGAUUGAGCUAGCGGCGGGCUCGUUUCCGUUCGGGGACAACUCCACUGUUGCUCCGGAGGGCAUUUUGGAUUUGCUCCAGAGCAUUGUGAAUGAGGAGCCUCCAACCUUGGAUCGCACGCGCUUCAGUGCCCCGUUGUGUGACUUUGUAGAUUGUUGUUUGCGCAAGGAGAAACAGCGCAGCGGCCCUUGGGAGUUGCUCGACCAUCCGUUCUUGCAGGGCAUGAGCGACGGGGUGUAUGACAAGGAGAUCCGCGCGUGGGCCAAGAAGGUGCGGAGGAUACAGAAGGGCAAGGUGUAAGAUGGAGAAGAAGCUUGUACGCCAAUUGAAGAACGUAGAAUUUAAUAAAUGAUAGCGUAG